AGAUAAUAUCUGUCUUCAGACCAUCAACUAUAACAUUUUUGUUUCAUACGUGAAAUUAUUAAAUUUAGUAUAAUUAAAAUGAAUUCAUCCAUAGUGAAUCUCAUCAUAAUUUUUGCAAGUAGUGCUUUAGGUAUACAAAUUUUAAAUGAUAAAAUCACAAAGUAUUGCUUUAACUUUACAUGGCCUGGGUCAUUAAUUAAUUAUGAAGAUAAAAUUAAUUGUACAGCUUUAGAACAGAUGAAAAUACCUUGUGUUCAACGGCUCAAAAUCACUGAAUCGCUACCUAAUCUUACGGAAAUAUGGAUGAAUGAAAGGAACGAUUACACAUGUAUUCUAACAAAAGGAUACAGUUGCAUAAAAUACACAUACAGUUUUGAUGAAGCUGCCAUCAAUGUUACAUAUUUUUGUGGAAAAAUGGUAAAAAAUAAGGCAACUGCCAUUCAAGAUGGAUGUUUCAGUCAGAAAAUAGGAGGUUAUAACAUAGAAACUUGUGCAUGUCAAUCAACUGGUUUUGGAGAUGGAAAGCCUUGUAACUCAUCCACAAAACUUACUUAUUCCUUUUUAGUUUUAAUAUCAAUUUUACUGAGUAUAAUCUGACAAUAAUUUGUUUGUGAUCAGUAAAAUAAAUGUAUAAAUUGAUUUUAUAUCAAGUAAAGAAUUUAAGGAAAAGCCAAAUACUAUUAUAUUCAUAGAGUAUAUAUUUAUUUUUCAAUUAUUUCUUCCUGCUGUUUUUAUAGAUUAUUUGUUAAAGCUGCCACCACACAACCAUAAUUCCAUGCUCAUCACUAUAAUAAUAAUGCUUUAUGCUCCCUUCCCUCUAUUUAUGUCUUGCCCGGCGGGCGGCGUCGGCUUGCGUAUUGUGCCCAAUGUGCAGUUUUUUUAUAUAAAAAGUUAUUCAGCUGAAUAUUUCAUGGUAUUUUUCUUAAUGGAAAAGUAAUUUAAAAUCAUUAUUAGCAAUUUUUCAUUGAAGAAAAAUCGUCAUGGAAAAUGAUUAUCAUUCAACGGUGUAUUCAUGGUUUGACAAAAGCGGAAUUAUUUCAAAUAUUCGAACACAUCUUAGACACAACUUAGUAAAUGCAUUGAAAAACAAAGAUUUAGUCCAAAAACUUGGCAAUAAUGCUCCAAAGUCAGCUAAGCAGUAUGUUCAUGAUUUGCUAAUAGCAGAAUAUUUGUGGAAUCAUAAUUAUGUUUAUACAUUAUCAGUAUUAACUAGUGAAGCGCCUCUUUUAGUCAAUUUUAGUAAAUAUAUGAAACCGGAUAAAAAUGAAGAAAAUCCUAAUGUUCAACAAAAAUUACAAAAUGAUUAUAUUGUACAUACACUCGAAACUCUAGGAAUUAAACCUGAUGAAAACAGAGGUAAAGAUAUUAUAAAAGAUUAUUAUGACAAUGACAUACCCCUACUCCUUUGCAUACUACAUAGUAUAAAAAAAACAGAUAUUUCUACUGAAAGUAGUAGCCAAGCUCACAUAAAACAGAAAAAUGUAAAACAUAAAAAUGUGCAAACUAAAGAAAGUGGAGAAUUUAUAUAUCAAGAAUUAUCUAAAAUUUCUUUAGCAAAAAAGAAUUUAAUAUGCCAAAAAGGAGUAUUUGAUGCUCAGUUAAAGCAAAAGGAAAUUGAAUUAAAAGAGCAAUCAUCAUAUCUAGAAAAGCAACUUUUAUUACUACAGUGUAAAUUAGAACAAGCACAAAAAAUAAUGCAGGCUUAUGACAUCAAAGAAAAACGUUUUGACAAGAGUAAAAGACAAGAAAAUUUACGAAUUAUUGACAAAGAAAAUGAGUUGAUUAAAAAAGAGAAAAUGCUUUCUGAAGAAGCAAAUAGAUUGGAACAAGAAAAAACUAAUCAUAGACUAUUUGAAGACAAUUUUAAAAAAUUGCAAAAUGAACUUUCAAAAGUAAAAAGACUAAAACCUUUUGUGGAGCGUAAUUGUAACUUGAGUAUCAAAGAUGCUCAAUCACAGACUGACUUUGAUAGUUUUUUACUAGAUAGAAAUGAAAGGAAUUUUUUAAAUCAAGAAAAACAAGAUUUAAGUGGGCUUGUUCAGGAACAACAAUCUAGGAUAAAACAAUUGAAUGCUAGAGUUUUAUAUCUAACAAGAAAAUUAGAAGAAAUUCAAUUAAAGUAUUCCCCUCAAUUUCAAGUACCUUCAUCAGUCACGAAAGUUGUAAAUGCAAACCCUAUAUUAAGUGAGAACAGUUCUACUGAAGAUAUUCUUCGAGAUGCUAAAUUGCGUCUCACGCGUUUGGAAAAAGAGAGUGAACGAGCUGAACAAAACUACCAUAAUUUUGUUAGAAACUCAUCAAAAUAAUUAUAUGAUUCUUAAUUAUAAAUAAGAGAAACUGAAGAAACUGAUAAUUUAUAUUUAUAUAUGUUGAAGACUGUCCAGUACAAAUAAAAUAAAAACUAUGUUAUGAA